AAAUAUGUAUAUACAAAGAUCCCACUUCGACAAACAUCCUCUCAAUCUCAAUGUCCAAAAUUUUCAGUUGUUAUGCAUGGCUACUGAAAACGUGUUUCCAAACCAAGAAUCUUCUUCAAACACGUUUUUAGUAAUACCGACGAAGAAUACGACCUUUGAGGGGGAUAGCCGAAGCAAGCCAAAUGCCUCCGGGCGGCACCCGGUGUACCGUGGAAUAAGGUCCAGGAGUGGGAAGUGGGUGUCCGAGAUCCGGGAGCCGCGGAAGACAACGCGCAUAUGGCUAGGGACCUUCCCCACACCGGAGAUGGCGGCCGCGGCCUACGACGUGGCGGCGCUGGCGGUUAAAGGACGGGAAACACCCAUAAACUUCCCCGGCCUGGCUGCUUCGUAUCCCCUCCCGGCUUCUCACUCCGCAGGCGACAUCCGCGUCGCGGCAGCCACCGCCGCCGCAGCCAUGACCCCGUCGGAGCCCCCGCCGCCGGCGGAAUACGAAACGGCUGCGCCGAGCGAAUUCGUGGACGAGGAAGCGCUGUUCGACAUGCCGAAUCUUCUGGUGGACAUGGCGGAGGGGAUGCUCGUCAGCCCGCCGCGGCUGAAACCUCCGGCGGCGGAGGAGGAGGAGGAGUCGACGGAGAAUUAUUCUAAAAGCUACAGUCUUUGGAGCUAUUCCUGACAGAAAGUUCAGAUUCUGGUGAGCUAAGCAGAUCGUUGGAAACAGACAAUAUAAAUAUAUAUACAUUUUACAGGACAUAUGCAUGUCUGAGCACGACCAAUUCCAUGAUCUUAGUUGAUUUGAAUUUUCCUAAAUUGAAUUGGGGAUUUCCCUGUCCCCAAUAAUUAAUUUAGGGCUCUUGCGUGCUUAAUGUUCAAGAUUUACCAAAGUAAUAUUUGUCAUCAUAUGUAACUCUGUAUAUAUAUAUAUAUAUAAUCUCGACAGAAUAACCUAGUGGUAUGGGGCAAACUUAUAACCAUAAUAUCAUGGUUCAUGCAUCGGCCGGGGGUUUAAACAUUACAACAUUUUAUUAGCAUUGUUUUCAUAAUUUCUUCCCCCUAGUCUUCCUAAGAAUCUUGUAACUCUAUUUUUAAUGUUAAAUAUAUAAACGCUGUCAAUAUAGCUUGGGAUUUGUGGGUUUGCUUGUUUG